AUACAUCGCUCUCUAAACUAGUCACAUUAUUGCAACGGUGUCCGGGAAUAAUUGCAUUCUAAAACCGGAGUGUUUUGCCAGAUCGCCUCCAAAUAGCGAGAUAACAGGAUGAAACUUUUCUGCUGCGUUCUGCUGACGGUUGCCGUGGCUUGUGCAAGCGGCAACGUUGUUCCAUCGAGUCGCCAUCGAAGAGGCUCUGGAGGAAGCGGCAGCGGUAGUGCGGCAUCUGCCGGAGCCCAGUCAGCUAGCAGUGGUGGAGGAUUCGGAGGAAGCCACAGCGGUAGUAAUGCGGCAGCUAAUGCGCAAUCGUUCGGGUUUGGUUUUCCCCAGCAACCGGGAUUCCCACAGUUCGGGCAACAAUUCGGUCAUAUGCCACAGUUCGGUCAGUUCCCCCAGUUCGGGGGGCAUGGAUUCGCAGGCUCUGGAAGCAGUGCAUCAUCGGGAUCGUUCUCUGAAAGCGGCCAUGGUGGAGCGAAAUCAGGAUCACAAUCGGGCUCUCAAACGUUCUCGAUGAGUGGUGGUGGUGGUGGUGGACACGGCCAUGGUGGGCAGAGUGGAUCCGGAUCAUCGGCUGGUUCGCAAUCUUUUUCCGCCGGUGGCGGUCAUGGGGGUCACACUGGAUCAGGAUCAGGUUCUAAUGCGGCAUCGCAAACGUUUGCUGCUGGUGAAGGUCACGGAGGUCAUGGAGGUCAUUUAGGAUCAGGUUCUGGUGCUGGUGCUGGAUCACAAACAUUUUCCGCCGGUGGUGGCCAGGGAGGUUUUGGCGGUGGAUUGUCAGCGGGAGGCGGUCACGGCGGAUUAGGAGGACACACUGGCUCAGGUGCUGCUUCUGGUGCUGGAUCUCAAACGUUUUCCGCCGGUGGCGGUCAUGGAGGCCUUGGAGGUCACACCGGUGGCGGUCACGGUGGAUCAGGAAGCCACACCGGUUCAGGUGCUAAUGCCGGAUCACAAACAUUUUCCGCUGGUGGCGGCCAGGGAGGUUUCGGCGGUGGAUUGUCAGCGGGAGGCGGUCACGGCGGAUUAGGCGGCCACACUGGCUCAGGUGCUGGUGCUGGUGCUGGAUCACAAACGUUUUCCGCCGGUGGCGGUCAUGGAGGCCUUGGAGGUCACUCCGGUGGCGGUCACGGUGGAUCAGGAGGCCACACCGGUUCAGGUGCUAAUGCCGGAUCGCAAACAUUUUCCGCCGGUGGCGGCCAGGGAGGUUUUGGCGGUGGAUUCUCAGCGGGAGGCGGUCACGGUGGAUUGGGAGGCCACACUGGAUCAGGCUCUAAUGCGGGAUCACAAACAUUUUCCGCGGGUGGUGGCCACGGAGGUCAUGGAGGAGGUCACUCGGGAUCGGGUUCUGCUGCUGGAUCGCAAUCAUUUUCCGCGGGUGGAGGUCAAGGCGGUCAUGGAGGUUCAGUUGGACAUUUAGGCGAGAGUGGACAUGGAGUCGGAAUCGGUUCAGCUAGUGGAGCCGGAGCCGGAGCUCAAUCGUUUGGAUCUGAACAUGGGGGGCACGGAGGACAUGGUAGUCAUGGAAGUUCCGGUAGCGGCGCUCAAGCUGGAUCGCAAUCAUUCUCUGCCGGUGCACAGGGUGGUCACGGCGGUUACGGCGGUCAUGGUGGUCAAGGGCUUCACGGUGGCUCCGUUCCAUCCUCGUUUGGUCCCGGUGGACAUAAAACCGAAUAUUCAAAGCACGGUGACGGAUUCGGGGUUCGGAUAAGCACGGAUGAGUCAGCCGAUGGCAGUGCUAAGAAGUCAGAAUCCGAAUCUUGGGUGUGGAAGAACUAAAAGCGACGAAUGAAAUAUAAGAUACAUU